CACUGGAGGCAGCCGAGCAUCACACCUCGAGCUCAACAGGAGGAGAGGAGGACAGCAGCAAAGUAUGCACACAUACAAACAGCCCCAAGUCCGCGCUUACUUCAACACAAGGAUCUCUCAGCGUUCAUGGAUACUCCAACCUUUGCAUGUCAUUUCCACGGCAGCUUCAAACAUGAAUCGCGCAUAGACUUGAAAUCGCUUCUCCCGCGCGCAGACAAGGAUAGAGAAAAGAGACGCGUGUACUGUCCAAACUAAACUGCAAAGACGCAGGAUGGCUAAAGAGAUCAGAGGGAAAGCGACCCUACGCAAGCAAAGCGCUUCUCACUGGCGCAUGCAGAACAUCACCCAGGAAUCUGUUGACAGCUCAGAUGAUGAGUUUUUUGAUGCCCGAGAGGUACUGGAGGGGAAGACGGCCAUGCUUUUGGGCAUGAGUCAGUGGAACUCUAAUGAUCUCGUUGAACAGAUAGAAACCUUGGGCCACAUCGACCAGACACAGGAGAGUCUGUACCGUGUAAGGAAGCCGAAAUGUGUCCCUCAGACUAGCAUUGAUGGUCUAGAGGAAGCUGAGAACAAAUGUCAAACACAUGUGCUGGUGUUGGUGGUUCAUGGAGGAAACAUACUGGACCUAGCGGGCGGAGAGGCAGGUGCAAAGACUGCAGAUGUAAACACCCUGUCCUCAGUGCUGGAGAAAGUAUCUCAAGAUCAUUUCCAAGCUGCAGCUCAGCAUGUCGUCAUCAAGUUGGUGCCGUGCCCAGCCGUAUGUGCAGAGGCCUUCUGCCUUGUGUCAAAUCUGAACCCUUACAGCUACGACGAGAGUUGCGUGUCCAGCAGCGUAGACCAUCUACCUCUGGCCGCUUUACCACUGCUCGCCAUUGCUGCUCCACACUACCAAGACGCUGUCGCAACUGUGAUCGCCCGGGCCAACCAGGUGUACCACAGCUUUCUGCAGUCUCCAGAGGGACAGGGGUUCACAGGGCAGGUGUGUUUGAUGGGUGACUGUGUGGGAGGUGUGCUGUGUUUCGACGCUCUCUGUUUCAGCAACAGCCCACGACACAGCAGCCCCAUCCACACCAGCCGACAUAACAGCACAGAGAGCUUAAAGGAUAACCCUGAGGUCAGUCCGAGUCUGAGCUCCAGCAAACGUCUUAGCAGGAGCAACAUUGACUUAUCUGCCCCCAGUGAGACCCGCAACAGGAAAACUCCACUCAGCCUCAAACAGAGCGACUCGUAUGAUGGAGAGUCCUCUGGCAGCCAGCACCACCCGUUCCUCAGCAGUCUGAUACAGGAUGGAACAGACCUGAGACCAAGCAGCAGCACCGGUCUAGUGUUGAAUCCAGGUCGCUUUGACUUUGAGGUGUCGGAUUGUUUUCUGCUGGGUUGUCCUCUUGGAUUGGUGCUAGCUAUGAGACGCACUGUGCUUCCAGCUGUCCAGGUGUCUCAGCUCCGGCCUGCAUGUUCACAGAUCUUCAAUCUGUUUUACCCUUCUGACCCGUCGGCCUCUAGACUGGAGCCAUUGCUGCACUCUCAAUUCCACAAACUGCCUCCGUUCCCUGUGCCCCGCUACCAGCGUUAUCCUCUGGGAGACGGCCGUUCCACCCUUAUCGUCGAUGAAAUCCACAGCUACCCUGAUGUAUUCCUGCCCGGGAGCAUGGUUCCUGUGGGCGCUCCGCACUCCUCCUCUCCCCAGACAGAGCACAGUGCAGGUGGGCGGGUGGGCCGAGAGGUCCGCAGGUCCAGUUUGACCAGCAUGGACAGCCAGUUUUCGGGCUGCUGGGAGAGCAGGCUAAGCAGCACCAUCACCAACAUUUCCAGUAGCUGGUGGGGGUCUAAGCGGUUGGAUUACGCUCUGUACUGUCCGGACGUUCUGACAUCAUUCCCCACAGUGGCUCUUCCUCAUCUGUUCCACGCUUCUUACUGGGAAUCCACCGAUGUGGUCGCCUUCCUUCUGCGACAGGUGAUGCACUGUGACUAUGUGAAAGCCCAAGAGAUGGACAACUCUGACUCCGCCCCCUUCUCACCUUCAAGUCCGAGGGAGAAGUGGCUACGCAGACGCACACACGUCAAGCUUAGG